GCGGCGACGGAGGGGGCGGCGGCCGGAGGCGCUGCUGUUGCUGCCUCUGCUGAGGGAAGAGGCAGCCUCCGCCGCUGCUGCCGCCGCCGAACCAGCCUCCUUCGACCCCCCUCCGGCGGCACCAUGAACAGGGGCAGCGGCAGCGCCGCGUCCUGCCCCGCGUCGGUCCCCGGCGACGGCCACAGCAGCGGCCACAGCGAAUGUCGCCGGGUCUGUAGCAACUGUCGGAAAGUGCUGAGGCAGGAAAAGAAGAUCAGAGUGUCUCUGCCUUUAACAAGAGGACCAAGUGCCUUUAUACCAGAAAAGGAUGUUAUGCAAGCCAAUAGUUUGAAUGAACGAAUGCACCUUCUUGUGGAAGAAUAUUCUACAUCUGGCCGCCUAGACAACAUCACCCAGGUCAUGAGCUUGCACACUCAGUACCUGGAGUCCUUCUUGCGCAGUCAGUUUUAUAUGUUGCGUAUGGACGGGCCUCUUCCUUUGCCCCACCGGCACUACAUCGCAAUCAUGGCUGCUGCCAGGCACCAGUGUUCCUACCUAAUAAACAUGCAUGUGGAUGAGUUCCUGAAGACUGGAGGGAUCCCAGAAUGGCUGAAUGGCUUGGAAUACGUUCCGCAAAGGCUGAAAAAUCUGAAUGAAAUCAACAAGCUUCUUGCACACCGACCCUGGCUGGUUUCGAAAGAGCACAUUCAGAAACUUGUCAAGACGGGGGAAAAUAAUUGGUCUCUUCCUGAACUGGUGCAUGCUGUGGUCCUCUUGGCACACUAUCACGCCUUGGCAAGUUUUGUCUUUGGUAGCGGCAUCAAUCCAGAGAGAGAUCUCGAUACCUCGAAUGGCUACAGGCUCAUAUCAGUUAACAACUUCUGUGUCUGUGAUCUUGCCAAUGACAACAACAUUGAAAACGCAUCCCUCACAAGUAACAACUUUGGGAUCACAGAUUCUUUAAGUGAGCUGGAAGCCCUGAUGAAUAGAAUGAAGAGGCUGCAGGAGAAGGAGGAAGAGGAGGAGGAGGCCUCUCAGGAGGAAAUGGAUACCCGCUUUGAAAAAGAAAAGACCGAGAGCCUCCUAGUGGUUACUGGAGUGUUUGAUGACGAACUGGCUUCCAUGGCAGAUGUUUCCCGCUAUGUCGAAGAUCCUGGUUUUGGGUACAAAGAUUUUGCUAGAAGGGGGGAUCUGCCAACGUUCCGAGCCCAGGACUAUACCUGGGAAAAUCAUGGCUUUUCCCUCGUGAACAGGCUUUAUUCUGACAUCGGGCAUCUCCUGGAUGAGAAGUUCCGGAUGGUCUACAACCUUACAUACAACACUAUGGCCACCCAUGAAGAUGUUGACACAACCAUGUUAAGAAGAGCUUUAUUUAAUUAUGUUCACUGUAUGUUUGGAAUCAGGUAUGAUGACUACGAUUAUGGAGAAGUUAAUCAGUUACUUGAACGGAACCUGAAGGUUUACAUUAAGACAGUGACCUGCUACCCAGAGAGAACUACCAAGCGCAUGUACGAUGGUUACUGGCGCCAGUUCAAGCACUCGGAGAAGGUCCACGUGAAUCUCCUUCUUAUGGAGGCUCGCAUGCAAGCUGAGCUGCUCUACGCCCUUCGUGCCAUCACGCGUCACUUGACCUGAAGCGCCGUUGCGAGUGUGUGAAUAAAGCUUCCAAGCGAGUUGCGCAGUAAAGGAAAA